AUUGUUUCAUGUUUAUUUUCCUUUUGGUUAAUUCGGGCGAAAUUAUUACUUUGCGCAUAUAUAAUGAUGGAAAUUGAUAGUUUCUGGAAAUUGAUGCAAGGGUUCGUAGAUUUCCCAAAAUUCGAAGAAUUUAAUUGAAUGUCUUGCAUUACAUUGGAUCCAUUUGCCAAUAUAAAAAGGGCCCCAUUUGUACAACAAAUACACUUGUCAUUGAUGGGAUCAAAGUGUGUCUAUCAAUUAGUUUGCCAAUGUAUUCAUUGGAAUAAUUGAUCAUGAACGGAGGGAUAGGCAAAAUAUUUUAGGAGUUGAAUGAUGCUGCUGAAAGUUGAUUAUUCAAUUGACAAGCUUUGUGUUGUUAUUAUGGUUGAAUGAUCAUUUGGGCUUUUGUAUAGUUGUUGGCUUUUAAUAUUCUGAAUAAUGUUAAGGAUGUGUAGCAUACACAUAACGAACUUUAUGAUUACUGUUUAUGUUUAUUUUAGUGUUUGACAUUUUUUUUCAUCUAUGUAAAAUUCGUUUGCUUCAUUAUCACAAAUUUUUUUUGAAAUUCAUAUGCAGCAGUCAAAUAUCAUAUUUGCUAAAGAGGAAGAAUCGUGGGAGUACAAGGGUAGAAGAGAGGAGCUUCUCCAAAGAACAAUAACCACCGAGAGAUGGUUUUUCAUGUGGUUAUUGAGUGAUUUUUAAUAAAAAGAGCCUCAUGGAAUUUGUAUGAUGUAGAACUAUGGGCUUGAAGAAUGAGGUUCAAUAUUUGAAGAGGUCAUAGUUUCCUGUAGUUAAGUUGAUUGUCAUGUGGGACACAGUGCAACAAAUUGCCAUUUACAUCCAUAGGUUUCACAACCUUGACCUUUUUCAGCAAGGGUUCUAUCAAAUUAAGGUCAGCAUGAGAUGGGAAAAUGAUGAUUAUACUUCUUUGGCAACUCCUUCUAGGGUUGUUCAAUAUGAAGCUAAUGAUCUGAGUUCCGGCAACAUUAAUGGGGCAUGGAGAAUCGAUGAUACAGACAAUAGUUUCUUUACACAGCCUUUUCGGAUUAAAUAUGCAAGGCAAGAUAUUUGUUUAUCUGUCAUGGUCUUGUUCAAUCUAUCUCUCAGUAAAUAUAAGGUUCCAUCCACAUCGGCCGUUAUUUUGAAAUUUGAGCUUAUGCAGGCUCCCAUAACAGAGAAUAUAAUUGAGUUGCUAGCAUAUCUGGAUGCUUCCUCUGUUGCAGUUCAUGAAUUUCGAAUUCCUCCUAAAGCUCUUUUUGGAUUGCAUUCAUAUUGCCCAAUCCAUUUUGAUAUGUUUCAUGCUGUGUUAGUUGAAGCAAGUGUCCAUGUCUGUCUAUUAAAAGCUUCUCAUGCGCAGGCAUCCAGAGUUCCCUGCCACCCUGAAGAUGUUGCUGGUGAAAGUGUUGAUAGGUCAAAUCAAGCAUCGGAUCCCGUGAAUCUUGUAGGCAUGAACCAGAUCAUGCUUGUUAAAUCAUUGUUAGUUGCGCGUGACACUUUACUUGAAGAGCUGCAAAGACUUAGCAAAGCUGUUGACCGAGUCAUUGACUUAACUGAUUUCAUGUCCAAAAUGAAUGAGAUGAAUAUGAUUGAUUCUAUCCUGAAGGCAGAGCUGGGCACUGCAAAUGGUGAAACAGUUGCGGGGCAAGGCAAUCUUCAACAUGGUCUUGAGAAAGAAAAUGGAACUUUAGAUCUCCAAAGUGAUAGGCUUCCCUACUUUUUACCAAGGGAAGCUGUGGCGAACAUUUUUCAGUUGCUGGGUGCUCAAUUAUCAUACUUGUGGAAUACUUUUUUGCAGUUUCACAGGGCAACCAACACAGAGAUACUGGAAUUUCUCCAUAAUGUAUGGGCUAAGGAUCGCAGAGCUGAGUGGUCAAUAUGGAUGGUGUACUCUAAGGUUGACAUGCCUCAUCAUUAUAUAAGCAGUGGAAAUAGCGAUUCUUCCCACCAUAUUGAUGAACCUGUCCAGAUUGCUGCUACACGUGCUGAGCUUCAUCGACAAAGUAUUGCCCAAAUGAGGAUUAAUACUCGGUCAAUUCAAGACAUGCAUAUAUUUGGAGAUCCUCAGCGAAUUCCUAUUAUAUUUGUGGAGCGUGUCAUAAAUUCCCCUCGGCGAACUUUGAGUGAAAAUUCUUACUUUAGAAAUUGUGACUUGAUAGAUUCACUUGGCUUACUUGCUGCACCUCGCACAGAGUCUUUAAAGAAGCUUCCUAGUAGUAGUACUUCACGAAGAAAAGCUCGUGAUUUGAAGAUCGGUGUCUUUGUGCAUGGCUUUCAGGGACAUCAUCUGGAUUUACGACUCAUACGUAAUCAAUGGCUUUUGAUAGAGCCCAAGACGGAAAUUCUUAUGUCAGAGGCAAAUGAAGAUAAAACAUCAGGAGACUUCAGAGAAAUGGGACUAAGGCUGGCAGAGGAAGUGAUCUCUUUUCUUCAAAGGAAAUUGGGCAAAUAUUCAAGAUCUGGUGGUCCAAGGGAUAUUAAACUUAGCUUUGUUGGGCAUUCUAUUGGAAAUGUCAUUAUAAGAUCAGCAUUAGCAGAGAGCAUUAUGGAACCAUUCCGAAGACACCUCUACACAUAUGUUUCUGUAUCUGGUCCACAGUUGGGAUAUCUUUACAGUUCAAACUCUUUAUUUAACUCUGGAAUGUGGUUUAUGAAGAAGUUCAAGGGAACCCACUGCAUUCAUCAGCUCACCUUCACGGAUGAUUCAGAUCUCCAAAAUACUUUCUUCUACAAACUCUGUGAGAAGACACUAGAGAAUUUCAGGAAUAUAAUACUGAUUUCUUCACCCCAGGACGGUUAUGUGCCAUAUCAUUCUGCCAGAAUCGAAUUAUGCCGAGCUGCUUCCUUGGAUUACUCGAAAAAAGGCAGAAUAUUCCUGGAGAUGCUAAAUAAUUGUUUGGAUCAGAUACGAGCCCCAACAUCACAGCAACGGGUGUUCAUGCGCUGUGAUGUCAACUUCGAUACCUCCACAUAUGGCAGGAAUUUGAACGCAUUCAUUGGACGUACUGCUCAUAUUGAGUUCUUGGAGUCUGAUAUUUUUGCAAGGUUCAUCAUGUGGUCUUUCCAAGAAUUCUUUCGUUGAUGAGCACAAUAAACUGCAAUCUCUCCCAUCUCAACUUGGCUAAACCUAUUUUGCCAGGUUUGCCUUAAUUUCUUGGCAAUGAAGUUCAGAAAUGUUGGGAUUUGUUGACCACAUUCACAUUCACAUUCACAUUCACAUUCAUUUCCGUCAGGUGGUCGUAUGCAUGGGUUCUGUUGGCCCCUGCUACUGAGAAAUGAAUUAUUGUUGAAGCUAAUUAUUGGCAUCUUAUGUGGAUUCUAUUUCUGCCACUAGCCAUUCUGAAUCAGACUUCGAAUAUAUUGUAUAUUUCCAAGCGUUUAUCGGGGUUUAGAUUCCAGGCCGUGAGACGUUUCUGGGAAACUGGAACUGGUUGUUUCAGAGGUUCGGCAUAGUUUUAUACAUAUUUACUUGGUUGGUUAGAUUACA